AUGGUCGUGAAAAAAACAGCUGCCCGGGCAAAUCCCGCUGCCCCUCCCGCUGACCCGGGCUCCCCCGCUGACCCUGCCGACCCAGAAGCCCCCGAAGCCCCCGAAGCCCCCGAAGCCCCGGCUCAGGAAGUUAAGCCAGAAGACCUACAGACAGCAGAAGAACGGGAGUUCUAUGCCCCGAAUUACUUAACUUUGACCGUCCUGAGCGUAAUUCUUUUCUUUCCCCUAGGAAUUCCCGCUGCCUUCUUCUGUUAUAAGACCUGGAAGGCUAACCAGGAGAGCCGCUGGGAAGAUGCUUACGUUAAUUCGGGACGAACUUGUUGGUUGAAUGUGUUUGCUAUACUCUGCGGGUUAGGCAUCAUUUACUACUAUGUUCUAUUUAUGUGA